UAUACAUAUAAAGGCUUGAGGAGACAGAAGACAUCAUUGGUUGGUCGAAACGUGUUUGCUGAAGACUUUAUUUUCUUUCGUGCUCUUCUGAUUGUUGUGGCUGCUUGCUCCCCUUCUCACACUCAAAGAUUCAGCAUUCAAGGUGAACCAGUCAUGGCACAUCUCUUAACAGGGCAUUUAACGUUUACCUCUCUGAAACAACUUGACACUUCACAAUGUACAAAACAAGAUAUUCAAGAAUACUUUCUGAACAGCUACAAUCUCUACGAAAGUCUAUUUACCUCCAUAGCCGAUGACUCGGCACUAUAUCUUUAUCCAGACAGAUUAAGACUGCCACUAAUCUUCUACUACGGACACACUUCGGCAGUCUACGUCAAUAAGCUAAUGUUGUCUGAACUACUGACAAAACGGAUAAAUUCCGAGUUCGAGACCAUCUUUGAGACUGGUGUAGACGAAAUGUUCUGGGACGAUACGGUUAACCAGCGGAUUGAUGGUAAACCCAUCGUAUGGCCGGAAGUUGCUGACGUGGUAGCCUACAGACGGCAGGUGAAAAAUGCCAUACUGCAAAUGAUCAAUGAUACACCGCUUGAACUUCCCAUCACCAUGGAGAGCAAAUGGUGGGCCCUUCUAAUGGGCAUGGCGCACGAACGUAUUCAUCUAGAAACAUCUUCUGUCCUUAUUCGUCAACUCCCAGUCAACGUAGUGACGAAGCCUCCAACAUGGGUAUAUGCUGAAAUGAAAACCGGCACACCUGUUGGUCCGAACUCGUUGGUGGCUCUUGAAGGCAGAGAGGUCCAACUGGGCAAACCGCGAAACUUCCCGUCCUACGGAUGGGAUAACGAGUAUGGAGAAUCGCGCUGCCUCGUCCCAGAUUUCGAAGCUACAAAGUAUUUGGUAACCAAUGAAGAAUUCCUGAAAUUUGUCACUGACAAAGGUUACGAAAGACAGGAAUUGUGGUCAGAUAUCGGAUGGAAAUGGAGAUGCUUCCGGGGAGCAAUCCACCCAACAUUUUGGGUCUGUAACAAAGGGUGUAAAAGUGGUUGUGGUGAAACUCUCUCAAAUUAUACUCAUUGUCAGCUGAGUUCGAGUGACGAUCUUAAUGAACCAACAUUCUGUUACCGCGCCAUGUUUGAUGUGAUCACCUUACCAAGAGAUUGGCCAGUCGAAGUGAAUUACCAUGAAGCGAAAGCCUACUGCACCUGGAUGGGUCCCGACUACCGUUUACCUACCGAAGCCGAGGCGAUGCUCAUGAAAGGAACGAUGCCACCCAUAACUGAGGGAGUCAAGUGUGAUAUCAUCCACUCCGGUAAACCAGAUGCAAACGUAAACUUCAAAUACGGUUCGCCAUCGCCAGUCAACAUGUUCCCACCAACGGAUGCCGGAUUCUACGACAUGUUUGGUAACGUGUGGAUGUGGUUGGAGGAUCAUUUCAACGGAUUUCAAGGUUUCCACACUCACUCCUAUUAUGACGACUUUUCAAGUCCUUGUUUUGACGGCUUUCACAACUCAAUCGCAAAUGGUUCCUGGAUUUCCACUGGUAAUGAAGCUUCUCGUUUUGCAAGAUAUGCCUUUCGCAGGCAUUUCUUUCAACACCUGGGUUUCCGUAUGGUGAAAUCUAGCCAUGACAUCCCUGUGAAGCUAAUCGGUCCAACUGAUCAAGUGACAAAAACUCCAGAACUUGAAAAUGGAAGUCCCGUGAAAAGUUAUUCACAGGUAAAUGUAAGCGCAAACAGCCAGUACAGGUACAGUGAUGCGUUGGUCAUUGAAGAUGUCUUACUACAGGAAUAUGGCUUCAAAAAUUGUCUGGAUGCUGUUGCUCUUCAGAAAGGUCUCAGUUUGAUGGAAGUGUGGUCAAUUCCGGCAAAGACUGCAUUAGUUCUCGGUUCAAGUUCUGGUAGAGUUGCAUUCGAUAUGUCAAAAACUUUCAAAAAGGUGUUGGGUAUAGACUACAGCAACAGGCUUCUGUCAGUCGCAGAGAAAAUUAAAUCUUCCAACAGCACCAUUAUACCAUACAGUCUUGGUAAAGAAGUGGAAAUUGAUCCCUCAUGGAGUCGAGAGAAUGUCAUAUUUAAACAGUUAACCUGGUUAUCCAUGGAGCUGGGUUCCCACAGCUUGGUCCUUGUCACAUUUCUUGAGCGUUUACAGAAUACAAAAGCUUGGCUUUAUCGACUUUGGGAAUUGCUGAAGCAUGAUGGCUUAUUGGUCAUUACUUCUAAAGACACCACAUGGACAGCAGCUGAGUUACAGCAGUACCUACAGCCCAGAUUGAAGAUUCUUUCUGAAGAAUUUUGCGAUUACGACUCCAAAGAUGGAAGUUCCACAGGGGCUGUAUCAAUUUGGUGCUUAAAUUCAGACAGUGAUGGAAACAUCCAGGUGUCUUAAUUGUUCAAUAUUCAAUAAAAAUUAACAUUUCAGAUGAAAAUAAAAUUACACACAUAUACAUACAUAGACGUAUAUACAGUAUACACAAGUUGCAAAUACAAUAUUUUAUCUAUAUAUAAUGUGCAUGGUUAUUACGACAGAUAUACAUAUAUAUUUUUUUUUAUGUUUGUUCAUAUUUAUAUACAAUAUGCUUGAUUGAUAAAUUCAUUGCAUGAAAGUCUAUGUUUAUGAGUCACAUAUGUAGCUUUACUGCUGAUCAAAAAAUAUGUAUACAGCAUAUAUAUGACUUUUGAAGAGGUUGCAAUAAGCAAUGAAAAUUUUAGAAACACUAAGUAAGUAAAUGAGUGGAAAUCAAACCAGUGAGUGUGUUAAUGAAUAAGGCAU